AUGACAGUGAAAGGACUGUGGGGUGAAGCUUCGUUCGACACAUGCGAACGGGUAAUUUGUGCGGUAGAAGGCACCCGCGGCCCUCAGAUUAUAGAGCAUGCAUUAACAGCACCGAAUUUAGAAUUGCCGGCUCAAAUAAUACCGCGAGAAAUCAUAGAGCGCGUAAAGAGGAAUGAAGGCUUAGAACUUGAGACACAUCGAAACGCACAGCCACGAGUUUUGCUAGGCCAAGACAACUGGCGAUUAAUCGAGCCCGAAAUAUCGCGUCAACUAGAAGGCACAGGCAUCGUUAUCUCGCGUUCGGUAUUGGGCUGGGCUGUUCACGGAUAUUUAGAAGAAAGUACAGACGACGCGUCUAAUCGUCACAUACAUACGAUUUGCUGUACGCAAACCACAUGCGCGAAUACGGAAAACGAGAAAUUAGCAGAACUUGACAUAUUAAUAAAAAAUUACUUUGAUCUGGAAAACCUAGGGGUUUCUGCGACUACAGUGAGACAGUCAGACGAAGACAGAGCCACGAGAAUUCUGCGCGAAACGACGAGGAAAGUGGGAAAAGCGUGGGAGACGGGACUUCUUUGGAAAACAGAUACUCUGCCUAAAAUAGACACACGAGGAACGGCGUUAAGACGAUUGUACGCGUUAGAACGUAAAUUAGACCGUGAUAUUGAAACAGCGACGGCUUAUUAUCGAGAGAUGGACCGCUUCAUCGAAAAUGGAUACGCGGUCAAAGUCGACAACAGUCUAAAUUCAGCACCCAAACGUUACAUAUCGCACUUCUUCGUUAAAAAUCCUAACAAACCAGGGAAAGUCCGUCCGGUACUCGACGCAGCCGAGAAAACCGAGGGAGUUAGCUUCAACGAUUUGCUUGACAAAGGCCCCGACCUUCUUCAAUCACUCACGGGAGUGUUGCUUAGAUUCCGUGAAUAUCCCUUCGCCGUGAUAGGAGACAUAAAAGAUAUGUAUCUGCGAAUUAAAGUCAGGGAAAAAGAUCGGGCUGCCCAACACCUCCUUUAUCGUGGAGCUGACCGCCGCCGCGAGCCUGAUGAAUACCAAAUGACGUGUUUAAUUUUCGGCUCGAAAUCCUCGCCGUGUAGUGCGCUCUACGUAAAAAAUAAAAACGCCGAGCAAUAUGCGACGGUCAAGCCUGAGGCAGCGAAAAGUCUAGUGCGAAACUGUUAUAUGGAUGAUUACUUAACGAGCGGUAAAAGUGUCGCUGCCAUGCGUAAAUUAGUGAACGAUGUCAUCUUUAUCAAUAAAGAAGCGAAUUUCGAAAUGCAUGGAUGGGCUUCGAACGUCCCGGAAAUCGUGCGAGACGUGAGAAAAGAAAAUCUGCUAUGUAAAAACGAGAAAGCUAGCCUAUGCGACGAAGAAGACAGAGUUUUAGGUUUGUUUUGGGAUCGCGAGAACGACUGUCUGCGUUUUAAUGUAGGCAUUAAAAAGCUUCGCGACGAUUUAUUGACCGGCGCAAGGAAACCUACAAAAAGAGAGUUUUGCAGUAUAGUGAUGUCCGUGUACGAUCCACUCGGUAUUCUGUCACCAUUUAGUAUCAAUGCCAAAAUAAUGCUGCAACAUAUCUGGCGCAGCGGCGUAGCUUGGGACGCGAAAAUUAGAGACGAAGAAUUUCAAACAUGGAAAGCGUGGUUACAGAAUUUGCUUGAAAUGACAACAUGCAAAAUCUCGCGAUGUUUUAUACCAAUGGGCGUUGAUUACGCGCGCACAGAGUUACACGUGUUCUGUGAUGCAAGCUUGCAAGCCUAUGCCGCUGUAGCGUAUCUUCGAACCACAUCUCCCGACGGUAAAGUUUAUUUAUCACUUGUGAUGGCGAAAACGAGAGUGGCACCGGUAAAGCCCACAACAAUACCACGUUUAGAACUUCAAGCCGCUGUCCUUGGCACAAGACUUGCUGCAAAUAUUUCAAAAGAAUUAGAUAUUAAAAUAAACAAUGUCGUGUUUUGGUCUGACUCGUCUACAGUACUGCAGUGGAUUCGCGUCGGGCCUCAUUUGAAAUUGACGUACGUUAAGAACCGUUUAGGCGAGAUAGCGGAAAUAACGCAGGUUUCGCAGUGGCGAUGGGUACCAACCCGUAUGAAUCCGGCGGACGACGCUACACGCGCUUCGACACGCCCAAUGUACUCAACUGAUCGAUGGCUUACAGGACCCAAGUUCCUCCGCGGUCCCCCUAGUUCGUGGCCUGAAGAGCGAAAACUCAAAGCGGAUCAAUUGGCGCAAAUAAAUAAAUUAGAAACGCGAAAAGACUUCAUCGGUACUUCAAUAGCUAAUAUAGUGACAACACCGUUAACCGCGAAAUUACUUGGUUGGCGCGGGCUUCUAGUCCUAGCAACUCGAGUACGAAACUGCGUAAAUAAAUGGAGCCGUUGCAGGUCGAGAAAUAAAAAUGAACAGCCAUCUCCUCGCCCGCAACCACAAGUAACAUUAGCCGAAGUAAGGCACGAAGCCAUGCGAUUCUGGUAUAGAGGGAUCUAA